AUGUCGUACUACGAGCCUCAGGGUUGGCAGGCUCCGGCCGCCGCCACACGCCAGGUGUCCUGGGAACAGCCUAUCCCUCCGUCGCGUUCCGGGUCCAGCUCGGUCUCCCAGCGCGACGAAGUUCCGGCCUUUUCUUCCCAAUUUGACGAGGUCGAUCGUGCCAUCGACAAUCUCGUCAAGAGUGACCCCCGCGUUGCCGGUGCCAUGUCCCAGCGCCACCACUCCAUCAGCGACUUCGACGGAUCUCGGAUGCACCCCAACCCCAACUUGCAAGGCUUCUACGCGGCGCAGCGCUUCCAAGGCCGUCCCAAUGAAGUAGAGCAGAUGAUGCAAGCAAAGCGUCGGAUGGCGGCUCAGCGUGAGAGGGAGCUCCGCAACUAUCACCAGGAGCAACAGUACAACCGAAGCCUCCUUGCCGAAAUGUCUGGGAACAAGUCCGACCGCUCGCUCAGUCCCGCCGCCAUGAGCGAAGAAAGUCGCCGCGAACUUCUGGCUCGCCAGCAUAGGGCCCUGUACGGAAACGAAAGCCCCGCCUUCUUCCCCCCAAGCAGUUUCGGCGACGACACUCCUCGCUCGGAGAGCCAGGCAGGCGGGACCCCGUCGUCCGCCGUCCGUGGCGCGUCUCCCCGCGGCAUGGACCCAUUUAGCCUGUCCCAGACCCCGGUCCAGGGUAGCAGUGCCGAUGGCGUUCCGGCCGGCGCCUCCCUUCAGUCCCCCUCCCGCGCCAACAGUACCUCCUCCCCCAGCUCCGGCGUGAACCCCGUCUUCGGUGAACAGUCCGUGACCUCCGCUUCCUCUCCCGGCGGCGCAGAGUCGCCAUCUUCCCGCCAGACCGCAUCGAAGACCCUCGCUGGACCCAUCGGAUCCGUGGGCCCCAUCGGAUCCCGCCCCGUCCAGCAGGCGGGCCCGGUGCAGGCGACCAAGCGUUCGACCACUCCUCUGCCCUCGCCUCUGGGAUUCGGCUUCACUCCGGGCGAUGCGACUUCGGCGGCCUCCACGGCGUCCAACCCCACUACCUCCGCCGCUGCUUCCGCCCCCGGUGUCAAGGAUACCUCGGGCGGGGUGGGACUCGGUUGGGGUAAUGGCAGCGGCGUCUGGGGGUCGAAGAACGGCCUUGGCGUCCAGGCGUCCGUCUGGGGUUGA